UGCAGAAAGAUCUUAACCUCACACUUCAGUUCUAUCUUCACUCAUGAAAAUAGAUUUUUUCUUUGUUUAUGUUUGCUUAGUUUGCCCUGUGGAAAUUUAAGUCACCAAGAAGAAAAAGAAAAAAAAUGGAAUUUAAUGUUGAGCUUAGGUUAUUGCAAAGUAAAAGUCAAGCCAUAACCUAGAAAUGCUUUAGGCAAUGCGAUAUAAAUAAAUAACACACAGAUCGAUGAUUUUCAAUUGGUGGUAAUGCAACAAAUAGGUUCACAGAUUUAUCUUGAUUCAGUCACUCCUAUAACCUCAAGCCUCAAGUUUGAACAUAAAUUGAGAACCCUGAACUGAGUUAAAUCUUUAAAAAAAGAUUAUGACCCCAAACUCCCACCCAUGCUAGGAUGAUGAGAGACUGCCGAUAAAAUAAUAAAAAAUAAAUAAAAUUAAGCAUAAAACCAAAUAAAUAUAUAAUAAAUAAUAAAUUAAUAAAUGCAAGAAAAAAAUGUUGUGAAAUUAGAAAUGAGAUACUCCACCCUCUAUCUCAAUUUUGGACCGUUUUAUGGUUGCCUUCAACCCUUGACUUUCCACAAUUUUUUUUUUGAUAAGUAAAAAAGAACUGCAUUAAAGAAGAGGCCAAAAGCCACAAAGCAUACAGGGGGUAUACAAGACGGCUAAGGCCUCUAAAAACAACAAAACCAGAAAGGAAUCACCUCCCCUUAAGUGGAUGCUACCCACUCCAAAAAGCUUAUAAGGGAGAGAGACUCCUCACCUAAAUACAAUUUGACCCAACUCCAUAAAUUACAAGCAAAAAAAUUCUUUAGUUUCUGGAUAUUCAACAUACCCCCCCUAAAAGCUAAUCUAUUCCUCUUCUUCCAAAGCGUCCAAAAAAUACACAACAGGAUGGAUUUCCAAACCUUUUUCCUUUUCUUCCCCACAAAGGGGCCCCUCCAGCUAGUUAAGACCUCCUUUACAGUUUUUGGAAAGACCCAUUUUACAUCUACUAACCCAAUAACAAUAUCCCACAAGGCUCUAACCAUCAUACAGUGUAUAAGAAUAUGAUUUACAUUUUCUUCUUCACAACCACACAAAAAAGCAGCAAUUAGGAACAAUAUCCCUUGACUUUCCACAAUUGAGAGUGUUUCACUAAUUUUUUUCUCUGGAUUCAACUUCUUUCUAAGGUGAACCUGUAUAUUAUAUUCAACACCUUCGUCUUUUUCUUUAUAUUGAACCUUAUUUAUUUUUCUAUUCAUUCUUUAAAGAAUUGAACUGUUUAUAUUUAUACAUCACUUAUAUAGGAUUUUGACUUUGGUUGCAUUUUUGUGCUUUUUUAUAAUGCAUUUUAUCUGAGUUCUCUUGUUAAAUGCAUAAUAAAUUAUAAUAAACUUUCCUUUGUGCUGUAUUGAUAUUAACAAGUGUUGAAAGAGAGAGAGAGAAAACCUUAAUUCUCAUUCACAUAUAUGAUUAACUUCUUACAAUCAAAGUUUUUAAAGGCGUUUGUGAGGCGCGCCCUGAGGCGAGGCGCGGCGAAAACGCCCUGAGGCGUUAAAAAUAAAACGAAAUGCUUGAAAGGCGUACGCUUUUCCGGUGAGGCGUGAUUGAGGCGCGCUUUGAUCGCGCCUUUCACGCUCCAAGAAGAAGGCGUACGCUUCGUCGGAUCUGAUGUGGCAAUGAACAGAGAUUUAAAAAAAGCCCUAAGUAAUCCCUAAAACCCGACUCUCGACUGAAAACAAGCCCAAAACGAAACCCUACCUCCAACGACUCAAGCGGCGACGGAGUGCUCACCCCUCGGCGGCGACCAAUCGCAGUGCGUCUUCUCCGGCGGCGAUCACUCUCGUACAUCUCCAGGUAUGUUGCGAACUCCCUCUGGUUUCUCCCUCUUUGUUUCCCUCUCCGCAAUCCACACGGGCUUCGUCGGGUUUUCAUCCAAUUUUUUUUUUAUUUCUUUAUUUUAUCAAAUCAGUUAUAUAUAUAUCUAUCUCCUAUUUAAAUUUUAAACCCACCCCCCCCCCCCCCUUCUCUCUCUCUUCGGGCAGUCCACACUUUUCUCUCUCUCACAGUAGGCUUUUCAUCUUUUUUUUUUUUUUUUUUUAAUAAAGAUAAUUAUUUGUUAAUUUUGAAUUUUUUAUUUGUGGUUUAAUUUUAAUUUUCACCUUGAUUUUCUGUGUAUAAUUUUUAAAUUCCUUAAAAAAAAAUUGGUUUUUUUUUUAAUUUAAACCAAUUAAAUUUUGUAUUUCAUUUUUAAAUUCCUUUAAAAAAAAUUGGUUUUUUUUAAUUUAAACCAAUUAAAUUUUGUAUUUCAUUUUUAAAUUCAUUUCAAUUAUGCUUUGUUAUUAUUUUUUAGUCAAUUAUAUUGUUAUAUGGAAAUUUGAAUAUUAUUAUUGUUGAUUUUUUUUAAAAAUGAGUUCCUCCGAUUCGAAAAAUUCAAGAAAAGAUUUUGUGUGGAAGUAUGUGAUUGAAGUUUCUGGAGAGCAAUAUUUAAGAUGUAAAUUUUGCAAUCAAAGAUGUACGGGAGGGGUGAAUAGAUUAAAGCAUCACUUAGCUGGAACUCAUCAUGGUAUGAAACCAUGCAGCAAAGUUAGUGAAGAUGCUAGAUUGGAAUGCAAAGAGGCAUUGGCCAAUUUUAAGGAUAAAAAAACAAAGAGAAAUGAAUUGCUCCAAGAAAUUGGUAUGGGUCCAACUUCAAUGCAUGAGAGUGCCUUGUCUAAAACAAUAGGGACAUUAGGGAUUGGGAGUGUAAGUGGGAGUGGGGAACCUAUUCCUAGGGGACCCAUGGAUAAAUUUACUACUUCACAACCUAGACAAAGUACUUUGAAUUCAAAGUGGAAGCAAGAAGAAAGGAAGGAAGUGUGUAGAAAAAUUGGUAGAUUUAUAUAUUCAAAAGGUCUCCCAUUCAACACUGUGAAUGAUCCUUAUUGGUUUCCUAUGAUAGAUGCUGUUGCAAACUUUGGGCCCGGGUUUAAGCCUUCAUCUAUGCACGAAUUGAGGACAUGGAUUCUUAAAGAAGAGGUGAAUGACCUAAGUAUCAUUAUGGAAGAUCACAAAAAAGCUUGGAAACAAUAUGGAUGUUCAAUUAUGUCAGAUGGUUGGACAAAUGGAAAAAGUAGGUGUCUUAUCAAUUUUUUGGUGAAUAGUCCUGCUGGCACUUGGUUUAUGAAAUCAAUUGAUGCUUCUGAUACAAUAAAAAAUGGGGAAAAUAUGUUCAAAUAUCUUGAUGAGGUGGUUGAAGAAAUUGGAGAGGAGAAUGUUGUGCAAGUCAUCACUGAUAAUGCCUCUAAUUAUGUGAAUGCUGGAAUGAGGCUUAUGGAAAAAAGGAGUAGAUUAUGGUGGACUCCUUGUGCUACUCAUUGCAUUGAUUUGAUGUUGGAGGAUAUUGGAAAGCUAAAUGUUCAUGCUACUACACUUUCUCGAGCUAGGCAAGUUGUGAAGUUUAUAUAUGGGCAUACUUGGGUUCUUAGCUUAAUGAGAACAUUUACAAAAAAUCAUGAACUUAUUCGUCCAGCAAUUACACGGUUUGCUACUGCAUUUCUUACUCUCCAAAGUCUUUAUAAGCAAAAGCAAGCUCUUAUAGCAAUGUUCUCCUCAGAAAAAUGGUGUUCAAGCACAUGGGCUAAAAAGGUAGAAGGUGUGAAAACUCGAAGUAUAGUGUUGUUUGAUCCAAAUUUUUGGCCUCAUGUUGCUUUUUGCAUAAAGACCACUGUUCCAUUAGUUAGUGUCUUGAGAAAGGUUGAUUCAGAGGAAAGACCAGCCAUGGGUUAUAUUUAUGAGUUGAUGGAUUCAGCUAAGGAGAAGAUUGCAUUUAAUUGUCGGGGCAUGGAGAGAAAAUAUGGCCCAAUUUGGAGAAAAAUUGAUGCAAGAUGGACUCCGCAACUUCAUCGACCUUUACAUGCAGCAGGCUAUUAUCUUAAUCCUCAAUUGCGGUAUGGAGAUAAGUUCUCUAAUGUUGAUGAGGUGAGGAAGGGAUUAUUUGAAUGCAUGGAUAGGAUGUUGGAUUAUCAAGAACGUUUAAAAGCUGACAUUCAAUUGGACUCAUAUAACCAAGCAAUGGGUGAAUUUGGGAGUCGUAUUGUAAUUGAUUCUCGAACAUUAAGAAGUCCUACAAGUUGGUGGAUGCGUUUUGGGGGUUUAACACCGGAGUUGCAAAAGUUUGCUAUUCGAGUCCUUAGCCUUACUUGUAGUGCUUCGGGAUGUGAAAGAAAUUGGAGCACAUUUGAAUCGAUCCAUACAAAAAAAAGAAAUAGACUUGAACAUCAAAGGUUGAAUGCUCUAGUGUAUGUAAGGUACAACACUAGAUUGAGAGAGCGAAGUCUACAAAGGAAACAAAAUGUUGAUCCAAUCUUGGUAGAGGAGAUUGAUUCCAAUGAUGAAUGGAUUGCGGAGAAAGAAGAUCCCCUCCUCCCCCUUGAUCUUUGUUGGCUUCAAGAUAAUGAAUUAUUCAAUGUUGAUGCCAUUAGAGUUGUGUCAUCCAACUCCCAAGAGACGCAAGCAUCAUCGGAUCAUAUGGUUUCUUCACAUUCCUACAAAAGGAAACAUAAUGAAGUACCAAGUACAAGUGGAGGCAAAGGCAAAGAGAAGGAAUUGAAUUUGACACCAAUUGAUGAAGAUGAAGAUAUAGAUGAAAUGGGGAUACAUGAUAGUGGACAUUUUCCUACUAUUGAUACAUUGGAUGAGGAUGAUGAUGACCUUGGAGAGGAGGAUUUAAGUUGAAACAAUUUACUCUAGUUGUUAUUUCAUGACUUAGUUAUGGAUUUUUUGUAAAAGUUUAGAACUAUUAUUAUGGUUGACUCUAUUUUCUAUUUCAUGACUUAGUUAUGGCUUUUUGUUAAAGUUUGAAACUAUUAGUAUAGUUGAAUCUAUAAUCUAUUUUAUGAAUUUGUUA